AUGCGUCUUCAGGCCGAAAAGUGGAGCAGCGAGGACGAGGCUGUUGGAGGUGAUGGUAAGAAGCGUACUGCGUUGCCGCAGCAUCCACAGCAGGCGGCUUUUGCAGCUGCGACAUCGUUUGCGUCGCUGCAGCGGAAUUUGCCCCAGAAACCGCGGGACACAGACGCGGGUGAAAGGCAGACGGUGACCUCCGGUGUUGCUCUGUCCCAUGAUGGCAAUCCCAAAUUCAUGGCUCGCAGGAUUCGAUUUUUUGACGACGUCAGUACCUCGUCCUCGUCUUUUUCUACGGAUAAAGAAAGCCCUGCAGACUCGGAUGAGGAAAGCCCUUUGCGCAGGGAAGCAUUAUCUACGGAGGCGAAAAAGCCUGCAAGAUCGGAUGAGAAAGGCCCUAUGAGCAGGGAAGCAUUAUCUACGGAGGCGAAAAAGCCUGCAAGAUCGAAUGAGGAGAGCCCUUUGCGCAGGGAAGCGUUACGGACCCCUAAGGAGAGCGUUAAGGCGGAAGAAAAUAAGACGCGUGCGUUUCGGCCGGCACAACCCUCAUUUUUUACUCAAGAUGCGGCGGGCGCUUUUGCAACGCCUGUGCGUUUGAGUCAAGUGAGACUCUCCGUCAACAAUCCAGUAUGUGACGUGCUACCCGCACGGGCGGGGUUGAAUCCAACAUUCGAAACCAAAACGAAUGACCGGCAAGGUGGCCCUGGCCCACCGAGAGGCCGUGAGAAUGCGCGGGAUGACGAUGGUGUGCUGAGGAUGUGCAGGACGAUAAAGAAACGCCUGGAGAAUCUGUGGGAAUUUGGACGGGAUACGAAUACACGUGUUCUUGCGAUACUUUUCUCUACAGCUUUGGCCUUUGUAUUGACUGUUGUAGCGGCGCCGCUCUCUCAGGUAGAUGUGGUGGGUGGUGCUUGCUACACGUACUGGGGCUACAAGGAGGACUGCGACAGCCCCAUUUACACCAAUCGCACCUCCUUAAUCACCUGCGAGCCUGUCCGGAAAAGACUCCAGGUGGGAACGGUGUUCAGUAUGAUGACGAUUAUUGUUCUCUUAUUUGCAGUGGUGUGCUGUGGCCUGCUUCUGCGUCAUGAUUUGUCGAAGCUGCGCCUGUUUGUUCUCUUACUGUUGUUCAUCGCUUUCGUGUUUCAGAUGAUUUCGUGGGCUGCAGUAACCAGUAUAUUCGAGAGUCGGUACUGCGAGGACGCACGGCUGCCACGGAGAACGGCGUACGGCGUUGCCUUUGGCAUGACUUUGACCUCGUGGUUUUUUAUCAUUGGUGGGGGCCUUGCUUGUGCCUUGCUGCAUGUUUAUUAG